AUGGGUGGCUUUGAUUGGAAGCGAACGGGGCGAUUGAUGGCCUACGGAUUCCUCGCCUCUGGGCCGAUGAUGCACGGGUGGUACAAGGCGUUGGACGCCGCGAUCCCGUCGGCCAGCUUCAAGGCCUCGAUCGUGAAGCUGUGCCUUGACCAGUCCAUCGCUGCACCCACUCUCAUCGCCUCCUUCUUCGUCGUUGUCGGGGCUAUGGAGGGGAAGAGCAGGGCCGAGCUGGAGGAGAAGAUGCGACGGGACUACCUGGCCACCAUGAAGGUCAACUGGAGCGUGUGGCCGCUCAUCUCCUUCAUCAACUUCCGCUUCAUCCCUCCCGCCCAGCGAGUGCUGUACGUGAGCUGCGUGAGCGUGUUGUGGAAUGCGUACCUCUCUUGGGUCAAUGCUCGGUGA